AAGUACCAUCUGCAACACUUGUGUUUUGAUCGUGGUUGAAUCAGCCUAUCAAUUCCGACGAUACUACCAACUACUACCACCACUACGAUCAUCACGAUAUGGCAAGACAGAGAGUCCGAGUCGUCAAAGGCUCGUGCUGGCCCUGCAAGAAGCGUCGCGUAAAGUGCGACCUCGAAAAGCCAGGCUGUCAACGAUGCUCCCAAGCGGGUACACCCUGUAACUACAAUACCCACUUGAUCCGCUGGAGCAAUCGGCCAAGUGUUAGCGUGGAACCUGUGAAGGUUGAGGGAUACCAGAAGCACGACUUCCAGAUAACGACCUGUCUGUUCGACCGUGAGCAGAGGGCGCUGGCCUAUUUUCAUGUUCGCGUCUGGCCACUACUCAGCACAGCUCCGGACCCGCCAGCACCUUUCCUGGAGAACCGUGUCAUUCUUCUUGCAACUUGCGUCUUUGCUGCUACCCAUCGAUACCUCCAGGAGGGUCAGGGCAAGGAACUGAUUACACCGGCACGAUCUGACUGCAUCGUUGCCCUUCGCCUGCAGGUCCAAGACUGCUCGAAGCAAGGACGAAAGACUUUACUGAGUCUACUCCUUGCUGUGCUUCUUCUCUACAUUCACGAUGGCUUAGUCGAAGGAUCCGCGGAAUCCGCUACAGCAACCCAUCAUGCCGGUGCUAUGGCUAUUCUGAAGCAGCUCGGUGGCAUUACUUCAAUCUUAGGAACGUGCCACGACUCCAUGAGCAUGAUGCUGUCUGAGUUUGCCUCCGCCGACCUAACAACAGCAUUGCUACAGCAGUCUACGCCCGCCUUCGCCGCGGAAACAUGGGACAUGAUUGAUCUUGGACCGGUCUGGUGGGCGCGAGACCCUUUGAAACGCUGCUCGCUCGCCGCUGUUUUCCGGGAGAUGUCAUCCAUGGCGACGUACCUUUCGACCAUACAGCUGGGCAUCGACGAACUCUCGACUGACCGAGUGCGAGAAUUCGAAGCGUCUCUCGGACUCAUCAUCGACGAUGCAGACGGCAUAAAUCCUCUCUUCCUCGACCUUGGGUCUUUGCAGCCUAGCCAUGGAGAUAUUCCACCGGAAGAAGCAUUUCUGAUGAUCCAGGUCUUCCAGCAAUCUGCCUUGGUUUUCCUGUACCGCGCAAUCUGUGGCAUGGCACCGAACCACCCGCUCGUUCAGCAACACGUCGAGGCCUGCUUGGAUAGUCUGGAGAAUUUAGGGCACAACUCGAGCAUUCUGCACUGUAUCAUCUUUCCCCUAUAUGUCUGCGGAGCGCAUGCUAUGGAGCCAAAGAGACAGCUCGCAGUUGCGAGAUUGGUCGAAGUGAUCUACGACAGCAUGCGAUUUGCAUCAGUGCGUGCGAUUGGAAAUGCUUUGAGGGAUGUUUGGCGGUAUGAGAAUGAGGACAGCACGUGGAGCGAGAUGUUUCAGUACCUCAGUCCGUCUGUUAUUGUGCUUUGAACCAAUUUGUAUGGAUGUGUUCUUGUUCACGAAUGUCUUCGAUCUUGAUGCGAUUUUGAUAUAAUCCUUGAUGUUCGAGUAAGCCGCCAAACCUGCCUCACCCAGUU